AUGGCAGCCAGCAAACAGCAUUCUGUCAUCCCGAGGAGGGAGAAAGCAUACAUCUGUGUGGCACAACCCCGAAAGGAUAUGUUCUUCCUCUUUGUGAGAAAGUUCACUAGCAUCUUGGGGAUGGUGGAUGCGGUACCAGUUCUUGGGAACUUCAGUGAAGUGAGUGAAUUCAGACUCCUGGGUUUUUCUGAAAUCUCUCAUUUGCAUCCUUUGCUCUUUGUAGUUUUAUUAUCUCUUUAUAUUCUCACCUUGAUGGCUAACACAGUGAUAGCUUUGACAAUGAAUGGUGAUAACACCCUUCAUUCCCCCAUGUAUUUCUUCCUCACUCAGCUGUCCUGUUUGGAUAUCUGCUAUUUGUCAGUCAUAAUACCAAAUAUUCUUGAGAAUCUGAUGGUGGGAACAAUAGGUAUCUCCAAGGCAAGAUGUGCAACGCAAAUGUUUUUCUUCCUUUUCUUUGGAGUUACUGAAUGUUUUCUCUUGGCUGCCAUGUCACUGGACCGUUAUGUGGCAAUAUGUUGCCCCUUGCAUUACACUAUUGUCAUGAACAGUAGAGUCUGCAAAAGUCUGGUUGCUGGAACUUACAUUUGUGGAACUGCUGUAGGCUUGGUACACACCAUCAUAACAUUCAACUUACCCUUCUAUGGUUUUGCCAUCAAUCACUUUUUCUGUGAGAUUCAACCCCUCUUGGACCUGCUUUGUGGUAACACUUUCCCAAGUGAAAUUCAAGUCAUUGUGGUGGCUGUCUUUGCUAUUUUGUGUCCUUUCUUGUUGAUCAUUUAUUCAUAUAGUCGCAUAAUUUCCACAAUUCUUCUGAUGUCAUCAGCUGAAAACCAGCAGAAAGCAUUUUCCACUUGCUCCUCACAUCUUUUAGUUGUGAUUCUUUUUUAUGGUACAGCAAGCUCCAUGUAUUUGCGGUCAAAAUACACCUAUUCUGCAUCUGUUGAUAAAUUCCUCUCGCUUUCUUAUUCUGUGGUGACUCUUUUAUUGAAUCCUACUAUUUAUAGUUUGAGGAAUGAGGAGGUGAAAAGAGCCCUGAGAAAAAAAAUGGAGAAAUAUUAA